UUAGUUGAAAAAUCGUUGGCAGGUUUAUCAGAACGCCAAAUCGCUAGACAUUUAGGAAUUAGCAAGACUACUGUACACCGCGUUUAUCACCUUUUUAAAAAAUACGGAUGUGUAAAAAACAUUUCAACUUUGCGUGGAAGACCAAGAAUUUUUGGAAAUGAUGAUAUGAAAUAUCUUGAAGUACUUCUCAAAGAAAAAGUAGAUUGGUAUAUUUGGGAAUUGCAAUCUCAAAUGGAACUUUGGUUAGAACGAAACCUUGACCUCAAUACAAUAUGGAGAGCAAUACAUCGCCUUGGAUAUACACAUAAACAAUUUUUUUCUGAUGAAUCAGCUUAUGAUAGGAAAACUUUAUCACGCCGGUAUGGAUGGAAUAUUAGUGGACAUCGUGCAAGAAAAGCUACAUUUUUGUUAGAGGACAGAGAUUUACAAUUGAAGGUACUUGUGAUCUCAGCUCAACAAGUAAAAUUACCAUACCAUACUCUCAUGAUUCCUCCAAAUACGUUAUGGGCAAAAUGCGCUAAAGCUCCAAAAAUGGCGAGCUACGCUAUAAAAUUAAGCCAAAAUAAAGCUUUAGAUCCGACUUAUUAUGACGGCAAAUACUAUCAAAUAGACUAUGAAUAUACAAAAGUGAUUUCUCAAGCAAAAUAUGGAUUUUUUGCUGAGUUGUCUAAUACUACAAUAGCUAUUCCACAAUCACGAUGUGGAACAGGUAAUUCUAAUGAAGAAAUUACAGGUUUGGCAACUGCUUGCAUGAGGCAAUUUCCAAUUCCAUAUCCUGGACCAUGGUGCUUAGCGAUUGGUAACACACACAAUUUUGCUCAAACUGUUGAUGUUGUUCUUUCGUUUACUCAAAGUGUGUUUGUAGAAGGUACAUAUCGAACAGAUUCUAGUACAGACAAAGCCUUCACCUUAGGAAAGAGUAGUCUAACUGGCACCUUUGAUAACAAUAACAAAAGGAGAAAUAUUAAGCGUAGCAACCCCCUUCGUCUUGGUCGCUCCUUUUAA